UGACUGGAGGUCUGAAACACUGGGAGUCAUGACAGACUUGUGGCUGAUUUCUGUCCCACUGGAUAAGACCAGUUCAAACAGUGUAGAGAAACUCAAGCGCACCCUUUCCAAAACCAACCUGGCCUCCUGCUGCAAGUUCUCCAUUCCAGAUCUCAAGGUGGGAAUACUGGACAGUCUGCUUAGUAUGUCAGAUGACCUCUCCAAGCUCGACACACUGACUGAAAGUGUGAUCAAGAAAACAUAUCAGUGUAUGAGGGAGGUGAUGGAGCAGUCUACUGACAAAGUGCUGGAAAACACCUUAGCCAAAGGAGUGGACCUGAUGAGCUAUGUGACAAAGUUUCAGUGGGACAAAGCCAAGUAUCCCACAGCUCUGCCUCUCUCUAGCCUGGCAGAUAUCAUCAACAAGGAAGUUUCCCAGGUGGAGACAGAAUUGAAAUCUCGAGCUGCGGCGUACAACAGUGUAAAAACUAGCUUGCAAAGCCUUGAACACAAACUAGAUGGGAAUAUGCAAACUCGCAGUCUGAAUGACAUUGUGAGAAAAGAAGACCUGGUGGUCUCAGAGUACCUCACCACUCUACUGGUAGUGGUGACCAGAGGGAGCUACCUGCAGUGGGAGAGGACCUAUGAAUCUUUGUCAGAGUUUGUGGUUCCGCGGUCAAGCAGGAAGCUAUAUGAGGAUGGAGAGGCUGGAGUUUUCUCAGUCACGCUUUUCAAAAGAGCUGUGUGCGAAUUCAAAGCCAAAGCCCAGGAGAGCAAGUUCACUGUGCGUGAGUACGGCUUUGAUCUGGAGGAGAAGAAGCAGCAGGAGAUGAAGCAGCUCAGUGUUCACAAGAAGGAACAAUAUGGGAUCUUUGUGUGUUGGCUGAAGGUUCAUUUCAGUGAGGUGUUUAUUGCCUGGAUUCACUUGAAAGGGUUGAGGGUGUUUGUGGAAUCAGUUCUGAGGUAUGGAUUACCUGUGAACUAUCAGGCUCUUCUGCUGCAAACUGACAGAAAGCGCUCAAAGAAAGUCAGAGAAGAACUCGACUCACUGUUCAUGCAUCUGGACCCCACUGCCACUGCCAGCAAGACAGAUGUAAAAGGCCUCACUCAACCUUCACUGCUUCCAUUGUUGCUCGUCAGCUGUGACAUCCCAGGACUUUGUCAGCAGGAAUACUUCUCCUAUAUCUGCUUCCACAUCAACACCAACGUGCUGGAGAUCAGCUAGCAGUCAGCAAGGAGAGGAGCCACACAAUGGCCAAGCAAUGAGGGCCCUGUCACUUCAUGCUAUAGCUUGCAAAGCAGUCACUGAGAGCCAGGAGCAUAAAGACCCUCAGCACUAAAAUAAAGCAAAUCUAGUGAAGAAUAUAUCCUUGACUGCCUUUUAAAAAUUUCUCAUGAGACAGACGGAACUGGCUGCUUCAGACGGGGGUGUAAAUAAUCCUGUCAGGUUUCCAGUGGCUGGGUUUGGGUUCUGAUGGACUACACUUUCUGGAAUUGUUGAACCAUUUAAAUAAGUUUAAUAUCUUAAAAUGUUGUUCAAUGUUUUCUUUUGAGCGAAUGUGUACAGUAAAUGUUGAUGUCAGUGUACAGCUUCAAGCAUUUUAAGUGAGCACGUUCUUCCUAGAAAUCUAAAGCCAUCACAGAAUAAAAAAGUGGAUUUCUCCGUGCACAGUUGUACAUUAUUCAGCAAAACAGCGACGAACAUUUUUCACCACAUUAUUCAGUAUAUUCUGUAGGGCCUAUGUAAAUAUGGCAAUUCCCUACACAAUGAUCAAAAUUUUCUGUGUGUGCACCACAACUCGUCCAGAUGUGGAAGUAGCAUCUGACACUCCUGCUGUAUAUGGGCCAGAUUUGGGCUGUGGAACUGGGUGUAUACUGCGCUAACAGAAAUUUUGCAUGUGGCCAAUGGGCUGGAUUAAUUAUGCUAUCUGAGCUCCUCUUUUAAUGGAAGAAGUUUAGUCCAAUGGCUCCCAACCUGGCCAUUUAUAUAUGGGUCACAAGCCCAUAAUAAGAGUGAGAUUGUAUAAAAUGUUACUCUGAAAACUGAACAGUAACUUCAGCUGUCAGAUAAAUGUAUUGGAGUAGAGGCAUAAAGUAACAGAAAAGAGAAAUGCUCAAGUAAAGUACAAGUACCUCAAAAUUGUACUUCAGUAAAGCAUUUGAGUUAAUGGUCUUUGUAUCACUGAAUGCUGUGCAUCACAUGAUCCCCAGAGAGUGCACUAUCUCAGUCCUGUGCAACAACCAGUUUCACAUUUUUUACUGCUGUUAUAUUUAACGUUGGAAGAUUUCCUUUGGAUCUUAACAACACUCCAGUAAAAUACAAAACUCAGGUAAUUAAAGAGUGUAUGUUGCAGUCUCUCUCUCUCUCGCUCUCUCUCUCUG